UCCGCUGCAGGAGGAGACGGUCCGCACAAAUAGGCAUAAACCAAGGAAAAACUAGGAACAUGUGAUUUGGUCUAAGAAGCCCCUUCAGAAGUGAUAUUUAAGCCAAGACGUAAGGCUGGGAAGGAGCCAAACCAGGAAAGACUGCAUGGAGUAUACCACCAAGCGGGGAAAGCGUUCAAGGCCAAUGAGACCAGGGCCGUGCGAAGUGGGAGGGCGGAGGGUAAAGAACCCAGAAGUUCGGCUGGUGGCAGGAUCCCGUUCCUGGAUGACCGGCAGCCGCCCCAAUUCUCCAAACGUCGUUAGGAUUGGUCAAGCGCGGAACUGAUGCGGGGCUCUGAUUGGCUGACACACAGACACGUCGCGGCAAGUUUGCGUAAGGCCUCCAGCACCACCUCUGCUCCGUGAUUGGCCGGGUUGCUAACCAGUCAGCGAGCGAGGCGCGCGCUUUGGUUUUUCGAGCCGCUGUUUGCCGCCUCGGUUCCCGCGACCCCAACGUCCCAGAGGCGGGGCCCGAGUCGGCGGAGGCGCUCCUAGGAGCCAGCCGCCGUUCUGGCGCAACAAAUAGACCCGGGCUCGGCGGACUUACAGUGAGCGCGGUUCUGUGCUCCUACUGGCCCGACGGACGGCAGCGGGGCCCGGGGAGGACUGUGGACGACGUUCAGGAGCCUGUGGAUAAUGAGAGUUUGAAAUUGAAUAAAUCACUCACCAAAUAUCAUGGAGUCUAUAUAUCCUCUUACAAGGCCCCAGAUGAAUACCAGGUUUUCUUCAAGCAAAAUGAUUCCUUUCCACUUUCCUCCAUCAAAGUGUGCACUUUGGAACCCAAUGCCAAUUGGAGAUUUUAUCAACUUACAUCUCAAUUAUUUCAGAAAUCCAAAGCUUAUGGUGAGUGAAAAGACCAUCCGACUUGCUUACCGCCAUGCUAAGCAAAAUAAAAACAGUGUGCCAUGCUUCUUGCUUGGUUCUCUCACAGUGGAUGAUGAUGAAGAAGGUGUAACAUUGACAGUAGAUCGCUUUGAUCCUGGUCGAGAAAUACCUGGAUGUUUAGAAAGAACUCCUACUGCUUCUCUUCCUGGGGACUUUUUGAUCCCCUGCAAAGUUUAUACUCAAGGAAUUUGUUCAAGAGAAAUGACAGUUGACACUAUGGGUGACUUCAAUUCAACUUUUAAAGCUCUGCAGCACCAUGUAUGUAGCAAAGAUUCCUUGGAUUGUGGUAAACUGCUUUCUGUACGAGUGCAUAUCACCUCCAGGGAGAAUUUGGACAGUGUGGAUUUUGACUUGUACUGGGAAGCAGUGACUCUAGCAAAUAACUUCAAAUGUGCACCUGUGAAGCCCAUCCCCAUUAUUCCAACAGCUCUGGCAAGAAACUUGAGUAGUCAUCUGAAUAUUUCUCAAGUUCAAGGUACCUAUAAAUAUGGAUACCUUACCAUGGAUGAGACGCGCAAAUUGUUACUUUUGCUGGAAUCUGAUCCCAAGGUUUGUUCGCUACCAUUAGUGGGAAUUUGGCUAUCUGGAAUUCUACAUAUCUACAGUCCUCAGGUAUGGGCUUGCUGCUUGCGAUAUAUGUUCAGUUCUUCUCUUCAAGAAAGGGUUUUUUCAGAAUCUGGAAAUUUCAUCAUAGUUCUCUAUUCUUUGACACAUAAGGAACCUGAGUUUUAUGAAUGCCUCCCUUGUGAUGGCAGGAUAGCUGACCUUCAGUUUCGCUUACUGACCAGCAAGGAAACGUUGCAUCUUUUCAGUAAUGUUGAACCGUCUGACAAAAAUCCAAUCCAUUUUGAACUCAGUUCUGAAAGCCAAGAUGUAGAAAACGAGUUUUUCAGCAACAUUUCUAAGAGUCUUUCAGUUAAGAGGUUUUCCCAAAAGUUAGCUCCUGGAAAAAUACCAAUAAGUGAUCAUGACUCUGGUGUUGAAGAUGAAGACUUUUCUCCAAGACCAAUUCCUAGUCCUCAUCCAGUGAGUCAGAAGAUUUCUAAGAUCCAACCAUCAGUUCCUGAACUUUCACUUGUAUUCGAUGGCAAUUUCAAAGAAUCAAAUCAUCUGUCUAAUACACUGGCUUUGAUGAAUCCUGAAAAUCCUCCUUUGAUCAGCCAUUCUGAGCACUUGAAACCCAUGCAACCUGACCUUCAUGAUGCAAAACACAGCCCAGAAGCUGAAGCUGGGGAGACUUCUUUGAAAAUGAUACCAAAUCAGUUAACCCAGAGUACUGCUUCUUUGAAGCACUGUAAAGUAAAACAGCCAGCUACCUGUAAGAAAGGGAACCCCCAUUUUGGGAACGACAUUGUUCAACCGUCUCCUCUUAAUGUGCUACCUCCUGAUGUAUCUGAAAAGCUUCAAGGAGUUGUUACUGGGAAUGUACAAAAAGAAGAGUAUCCUAAAAGACCCUCCACAUUUCAUUCUAGGCAGUCUUUUCUUGUUUCACAGUCCCACCCACACAAUUUUGUCUUUUCGCCCCAUCAUUCCGGAAGACCGGGGGAACUUCAGAUACCUCCUCAGUCACUGCCAUCUUAUUAUUCCACAAAUGUUUGUACCUGUUGUCAGCAUUAUGGUCAUACUCAAUAUAGUCCAAUAAAUUCUUGGAAAGGAAUAAAUACAGUAGGGUCCAUUCAAGAUCUGCAGUCUGAAGUACUUCAAAAACAUUCAUUAUUUCACCCAAAUGGAUGUCCAGCUCUGUACCAAAAUGCAUUCUAUUCUUCAAGUAGUCCUAUAGCCUUGAGACCUCAGGGAGGCAUGGAUAAUUGUUCUUCCCAUAAUGAUACAGAACCAUCACCUGUGACAAGGCCUUCACACCUGGACUCAUAUAACCCACAGCCUUGUGCAUUGUGCGCACACACACCCAAGACUGGGUCGGAUAAUGGAAUGAUGGGAUUAUCUCCAGAUGCAUAUCGAUUUGUCACAGAGCAAGACAGACAGCUGAGACUACUUCAGGCACAGAUUCAACGUCUAUUGGAAGCCCAGUCUCUGAAGCCUGGUUCCCCAAAGAAAACCUCUGUUGAAGAUACCGUGCAAGAUGCAGGACAAAUGGAGCUGGUUUCCAUGGAAGCACAGCCGUCCCCUGGCUUGCACAUGAAAAAAAGUGUAAGCAUUGCUGUGAGCACAGGUGCUAGCUUGUUUUGCAAUGCAGCAAGUGAUGAUCAAGAGCCUGGUUCUCAGCUGAAACAAGAUGAUACCAAGAUUUCCAGUGAGGACAUGAAUUUUUCUGUUGAUAUUAAUAAUGAAGUCACAAGUUCUCCAGAUAGUGCAUCUUCAUUAAAAGCAGUUGAUAUUCCCAGUUUUGAAGAUAGCAACGUUGCUGUGGAAGAAUUUAAUCAGCCACUUUCUGAAUCCAACAGCUCUUCAGAUGGGAGAAAAGAACCCAAUGCGCCUAUGUUCUUUCCAAGUGCUGUGCUGGCAGAGAGUGUGAGCAUGUGCUUACAGCCUGGGCCAGCAGAGGGCACCAGCAGCAACACUGCGACGUCAGGAGAACCAAUGCUUGACCACGUCGUACAAUCCUUACCUCAUGAAACGCCAGACAGCCAGAAACUUUACCGGGAUUUACUGGGCCAAGUAAACCACCUGUUAAGUAACUCUUUGAAGGAAACUGAGCAACCAUCUACCAAAGCAGUAGUUAUCAGCCAUGAAUGUACCAGAACCGAAAAUGUUUACCAUACAAAGAAAAAAAAACACAGUCCAAGGCUGGUGGAGAAAGACUGUGUUCUUAACGCGACACUUAAGCAACUAAGAAACCUGGGAGUAAAAAUUGAUUCUCCUACUAAAGUGAAGAAAAAUGCACACAAAGUAGACCAUGCCAGUGUGUUGGCAUGCAUCAGCCCAGAAGCAGUGAUCUCUGGAUUAAACUACAUGUCAUUUGCUAAUGUUGGCAUGAGUGGUUUAAGCCCCACUGGCGUGGAUUUGAGCAUGGAAGCAAAUGCUAUAGCUCUGAAAUAUUUAAAUGAAAAUCAGCUGUCACAACUCUCUCUCACUCGAUCAAACCAAAAUAACGGUGACUCAUCUUUUAGCCUUCUGCAUAUUAAUACAGACAAAAGCACAAUGGGGCUUAACUUGAUUUCACCAAGCAACAUGUCAUUUGCAACUAAAAAAUACAUGCAGAGAUAUGGACUCAUACAGAGCAGCGACAACAGUGAGGAUGAAGAGGAGCCUCCCAGCCAUGCAGAUCGCAAGAGCGACCGUUUAUUGAAUCAGAACUCUACACCUAUAUCUGCACAGCUUGGUUGUCAGAAAGAACCUUCUGGGAACACCUGUGAAAUAAUUAGUUCGUACAGCUGUGAAUCUGUGGACACACACAGAGAGAUGCCAGUAUUGAGAAAUAUUACAAAUGAAGUUGUGCAGUCAAAAGCAACGCAGAAGUUAAAUGAAAACCCAUCUUUAUUAAAGAACCUUAAACCAAGUCCUGCAGUGAACCUCCGAACUGGAAAAGCAGAGUUUACUCAACAUCCGGAGAAAGAAAAUGAAAGGGGCGUUGCGAUUUUUCCUGAGAGUUUACAACCUUCUGAAACGUUAAAGCAAAUGAAUAGUAUGAACUCAGUAGGUACCUUUUUAGAUGUAAAGCGUCUCAGACAGUUGCCCAAAUUAUUUUAAGCCUUAACCCCGUCCUUUCUGAUACAGGUCUGGGUGUGUCCUGAAGGUACUUACAAAAGCCUGGGCCUUUUUGGGAGUCAGUCAGCUGCUUGGUAUCAGCCAGUUACAGAGAGCUGCACUAGUGACUUGUCUGAGCUGGCAGCUAGUGGGAAGGCCCGCUUGCUCAAAUAGAGCUUUUCAGCAUCACUGAAACCGUAAGAAAAAAACUAAGAUCAGCUAUUUCAACAAAUUUAGGUAAACAGACACUGUUCAAACUGACUGAACUGCUAUUUUAUGCUAUGUAUUUCACAAAGUCCAUUUUUCUAGCACAUAGUAUCUCUGCAUCUACCCAGUAUCAGUAAAAGCACAUAGAGCUAUUGUGACUCAAGCUGAAUUAGCAAAACGAGCCUUUCUUGAGUUUAAAGAGAAAGUUAUUUUUAUAAAUAACUCAAGGUUUUUUAUACAAGAAAUAUAGUUCCUUUUAAUUAAGAUGCACUGUUGGUUAAAUUGUGGAAGACUUUUGCAAUUUGUUGGGUUGAUGUUUAGCACCUUUAACAUAUAGCACUAGCUAUCACAAUAAGAAAAUUACUGAAUAUCAGUGUUUUAUAGACUUUGUGAUUUUCAAACAUCUUAAUAUUUUUAAUAGGGCUUAAUAAAAAUGUCUGGACUAUU